ACAGUGGCUGUACAGUUAUUGUUUCACCUACGUUAAUUAUUGCCAUUUAUAAAACUUGUAGAAGUGCAGCUAUUCUCAUAUCAGCAAAAAUCCUUCACAAAUCUCUAAUAUGGAUAUCCAUAUUUUCUUCCUUCUUCUUCUGUCUUUGUUUCAACAAGCUCCUUCUUUUUCUUCAUCUGCAAUAUCUGAUCAUCAUAUCCUUGAACAAGGCUCAUCUUUAUCAGUUGAGAAACAAAAUGAUGUUCUUGUUUCGCCAAAUGGUGUUUUCUCAGCUGGGUUUUCCUCCGUGGGGGACAAUGCUUUCUGCUUCGCUAUAAGGUUUAUGAAAUCCUCUGUUCCUACUAUAGUGUGGAUGGCCAACAGAGACCAACCAGUAAAUGGAAAAGCCUCAAAGCUUUCGCUUUUGAGAAAUGGCAAUCUAAUAUUGCUUGAUGCUGGUCGAAUUCCCCUUUGGAGCUCAGAAACAACUUCUCCAAUAUCUGUCUAUCUACAGCUUCGAGAUAAUGGUAACCUUGUUCUUCAUAAUAUCAAAAAUGAGAGUCUGUGGGAAAGCUUUAAUUCGUCUAUUGAUACUGUUAGAGUUUGUGACCCGAAUUCUUGUUGACCCGACCCGAAAAGCUCGCGGUGCGACCCAUUUGGUGAAACUAAAUUUUGGAGAAAAAUUUGGGGCUCUGUGGUGGAAGCGGAGGUCUCGGACCUGUUCAAUUUUAGGGUUUCUUCUGUACUAUAUAUAUCUGUAUUUUUGUUCGGCCGUCAUUGGGGUUUUUUAGGGUAUCUCGAAAUUUGGCUCACCUUGUACAAAUCUUUCGAUAUUGGAUUUGCUUCUCCCUGCCCGUGGUUUUUCCCGUCAAGGGUUUCCACGUUAAUUGUGUGUUUGUUCUUCGAUUUCUUUGUUUCUGUUGCCAUUUGUUUUUCUCCCAAUUCCGUAACAAGUGGUAUCAGAGCCGCGUCGAUCUAUUUGGGAAUUGUUUUUUUCUUUUCUUUGUCUUUCGAUCAUGGCAACAAAGUUCGACAUUGAGAAAUUUGAGCGCAACAUGAGUUUCUCCAUGUGGCAAGUCAAGAUGAAGGCGAUUUUGACACAGAACGGUUUACACAAGGCGUUGGUUGGCAAGGAGCAGAUGCCGUCUUCGUGGGAUGCCGAAAAGAAAGCCGAGGUUGAUGAGCGUGCCCUAUCCACCAUUCAGCUAUGCUUGUCCAAUGAAGUUUUGAGGGAGGUCCUUGAUCAGAAGACAACAAAGGACUUAUGGGACAAGUUGGAAUCUUUGUACAUCACAAAGAAUCUCACAACGAAACUGAUUGCGAAGCACCGUCUAUACACCCUUUCUAUGGUUGAAGGUACAUCUAUUA